GCGGCGGCGGCGGCGGCGGGGCUGGGGCCGGGGAGCGAGCCCCGCGGGAGAGGCGCCCGAGCCUGGCCGCGGGAGCAUGUGGGCCCGGAGCGGAGCGCGGGGCGCGCUGCUGCUGGCGCUGCUGCUCUGCUGGGACCCGAGGCUGAGCCGAGCAGGCACUGAUUCUGGCAGCGAGGUGCUCCCUGACUCCUUCCCGUCGGCGCCGGCCGAGCCCUUGCCCCACUUCCUCCAGGAGCCCCAGGACGCCUACAUUGUGAAGAACAAGCCCGUGGAGCUGCGCUGUCGCGCCUUCCCCGCCACGCAGAUCUACUUCAAGUGCAACGGCGAGUGGGUCAGCCAGAAUGACCACAUCACGCAGGAGGGCCUGGAUGAGGCCACUGGCCUGCGGGUACGGGAGGUACAGAUCGAGGUGUCACGGCAGCAGGUGGAGGAGCUGUUCGGGCUGGAGGACUACUGGUGCCAGUGUGUGGCCUGGAGCUCCGCGGGCACCACCAAGAGUCGCCGGGCCUAUGUCCGCAUCGCAUACCUGCGCAAGAACUUCGAUCAGGAGCCUCUGGGCAAGGAAGUGCCCCUGGACCAGGAGGUUCUCCUGCAAUGCCGCCCGCCAGAGGGGGUGCCUGUGGCUGAGGUGGAGUGGCUGAAGAACGAGGACAUCAUCGACCCCACCCAGGACACCAACUUCCUGCUCACCAUCGACCACAACCUCAUCAUCCGCCAGGCCCGCCUGUCAGAUACAGCCAACUACACCUGUGUGGCCAAGAACAUUGUCGCCAAGCGCCGAAGUACCACUGCCACAGUCACUGUCUAUGUGAACGGGGGCUGGUCCAGCUGGGCCGAGUGGACGCCCUGCUCCAACCGCUGCGGCCGUGGCUGGCAAAAGCGCACCCGGACCUGCACCAACCCGGCCCCGCUCAACGGAGGCGCCUUCUGUGAGGGCCAGGCCUUCCAAAAGACCGCCUGCACCACAGUGUGCCCAGUCGAUGGAGCGUGGACAGAGUGGAGCAAGUGGUCAGCCUGCAGCACCGAGUGUGCCCACUGGCGCAGCCGCGAGUGCAUGGCGCCCCCACCCCAGAACGGAGGCCGAGACUGCAGCGGGACCCUGCUCGACUCCAAGAACUGCACGGACGGGCUGUGCGUGCAGAAUAAGAAAACUCUAAGUGACCCCAAAAGCCACCUGCUGGAGGCCUCGGGGGAUGUGGCUCUGUACGCGGGCCUCGUGGUGUCCAUCUUCGUCGUCGUGGGCGUCCUCAUGGUGGUGGGGGUGGUGGUGUACCGCCGCAACUGCCGGGACUUCGACACGGACAUCACCGACUCGUCCGCCGCCCUCACUGGCGGCUUCCACCCCGUCAACUUCAAGACCGCGAGGCCCAACAACCCACAGCUCCUGCACCCGUCUGUGCCUCCGGACCUCACGGCCAGUGCUGGCAUCUACCGCGGGCCCGUGUAUGCCCUGCAGGACUCCGCGGACAAGAUCCCCAUGACCAACUCCCCCCUGCUGGACCCCCUGCCCAGUCUCAAGAUCAAGGUCUACAACUCCGGCACCACCGGAUCUGGGCCAGGCCUGCCAGAUGGGGCCGACCUGCUGGGGGUCCUGCCGCCUGGCACGUACUCUGGCGAUUUCGCCCGGGAUGCCCACUUGCUGCACCUGCGCAGUGCCAGCCUCGGCUCCCAGCAGCUCCUGGGCCUGCCCCGUGACCCGGGGAGCAGCGUCAGCGGCACUUUUGGCUGCCUGGGUGGGAGACUCAGCAUCCCCGGCACAGGGGUCAGCCUGCUGGUGCCCAAUGGAGCCAUCCCCCAGGGCAAGUUCUACGAGAUGUACCUCCUUAUCAACAAAGCAGAAAACACCCUCCCGCUUUCAGAAGGGACCCAGACAGUCCUGAGCCCCUCGGUGACCUGUGGGCCCACGGGCCUCCUGCUGUGCCGCCCCGUCAUCCUCACGGUACCCCACUGUGCUGAAGUCAGUGCCGGUGACUGGAUCUUCCAGCUCAAGACCCAGGCCCACCAGGGCCACUGGGAGGAGGUGGUGACUCUGGACGAGGAAACCCUGAACACCCCCUGCUACUGCCAGCUAGAGGCCAGGUCGUGCCACAUCCUGUUGGACCAGCUGGGCACCUACGUGUUCACCGGUGAAUCCUAUUCCCGCUCAGCAGUGAAGCGGCUCCAGCUGGCCAUCUUUGCCCCUGCCCUCUGCACCUCCCUAGAGUACAGCCUCAGAGUCUACUGCCUGGAGGACACCCCUGUGGCCUUGAAGGAGGUGCUAGAGCUGGAGCGGACCCUGGGAGGCUAUCUAGUGGAGGAGCCCAAACCCCUGCUGUUUAAAGACAGUUACCACAACCUGCGCCUCUCUCUACAUGACAUCCCCCACGCCCACUGGAGAAGCAAGCUGCUGGCCAAGUAUCAGGAGAUCCCCUUCUAUCACAUCUGGAGCGGCAGCCAGAAGGCCCUGCACUGUACUUUCACCCUGGAGAGGCACAGCCUGGCCUCCACAGAGCUCACCUGCAAGAUCUGUGUGCGGCAGGUGGAAGGGGAGGGCCAGAUCUUCCAGCUGCACACCACUCUGGCAGAGACGCCUGCCGGCUCCCUGGACACCUUCUGCUCUGCCCCUGGCAGCACAGUCACCACCCAGCUGGGACCCUAUGCCUUCAAGAUUCCACUGUCCAUCCGCCAGAAGAUAUGCAACAGCCUGGAUGCCCCUAACUCGCGGGGCAAUGACUGGCGGCUCUUGGCGCAGAAGCUCUCCAUGGACCGGUACCUGAACUACUUUGCCACCAAAGCGAGCCCCACGGGUGUCAUCCUGGACCUCUGGGAAGCUCUGCAGCAGGACGACGGGGACCUCAACAGCCUGGCGAGUGCCUUGGAGGACAUGGGCAAGAGUGAGAUGCUGGUGGCCAUGGCCACUGACGGGGACUGCUGAGCUGCCCCGGAACCAGAACCGUGGGCUGGGAGGGUGGGCAGGAGGCGGGUGCAAGGAGGCCCCGGGCAGCCUCCUGAGAGGUGGAGCAGCCUCCACUACCCCCCAGAGCUCAGAGCCGGAGUUGCUCCCUCCUCCCCACCUCGCCCCACUCCCAGACCGUGACCAGCCUUAGCAAAUCCAUGUACUCCGUUGUUGUCUGGAGGAGCCAGUGCUCCUUCUCCACCCCCUGCUGUCCCUCGUGCCCUCAGAUCUCCACGCGGGAACCACCAUGAGGCCUCUGGAGGCAGCUGGGUGGGUGGGAGCAGGAGCCCUCCCCACUCCUGCCACCCCACCAGGCCGCCUCCACCCUGGGAGUUCUGGGUUACCUUUGUCAUAGUUGCGUCCUUCCAGUUUCUUCCUCGGUUCCUGGUGUCUCCCUCCCCGCCACCACCCCGCCCUGAGCCCCCUUCCCCUUUCACACCGUUUUCCUCUUUGAAGAGUCAAGUACAAUUCAGACGAACUGCUUUCUCCUGUCCAAAGCAAAAAGGAAAAGGAAAGGAAGAAAGACACUUCAGGCCGCUAGUUAGGCUCCAAGAAGAAAAAAAGAGCAACGCCAAAACCACAAGGGAAAAGAAAAACCCAGUUUCUUAGGAAACGCACAUGAUUUAUUAUCCAAAUAUUUGGAUAAGUCCUUUUUAAGAAAAAAAAAAGAAAAUGAAAAAAACAACACAAAAAAAAUAGAAAACUCUUUUCUUGAGUGCGGGUGAGUGCAGGCUUGCUCACGGUUCUGGCCAGGAGUGAGCGUGUGAGUGUGUGUGAGUGUGUGUGUGUGUGUGUGUGUGUGUGUGUGUGUGUGUGUGAGAGAGAGAGAGAGAGAGAGAGAGAGAGAUUAUCAGGGAGAGAGAGAGACAGAACAGGGAACACCUUGCUGCUAAUGAUUCCGUCUUAGACUAAUUCCUAAAAGGCCUCAGUUUCCCCAGUUGUACAGGGUCAGAUGGGGUUUUAGCCAUGGUACCACGUUUCCCUCUAAAAUCUUAAGCAGAUGCCGAAUCUGUAAAGCCAAGGAGCCCUGAGGUCUGGAGUGGGGUGGGGUCAUCCCGUCCUCCCACCUCCCCAGGCAGGUGCCCCACAGGCUCCCUGGGACCCUGGGGAGUGCAGAUUACAAGGCCCUGGGGUAGAAAGUGUGGGCAGGCCGUGCUAGCUGUGAGCCAGGGACAGGGUCUCCAGUGUUCCCCUCUGGGGGCUCCCGGAGAAGGGGACAGGGCCCAGAGGUGGGGCCCCAAGCAGAGAAAGAAGCCGAUGGUAAAGGGGAGGGAUGAUGAGAGUCUCCUGGGGACACUUCUCUCCCUCACCCCAGGGUGGGACCAGCCAGGUCACCCAUCUGCCCGGCACCCCAAGGCUAGGUGAGCUGGAGCACAUUGGCGUUCUGUUAAUGCCCAGGAAUCCAGAAACUGUUCCUCCCCAGCCUCAGUUGGCUGGGGAGGUUCAUCCAUAAGACAGAAGGGAUGGAUGAGAAGGCCUCUAACAGCAGAAGCCUGAGCUUCUGGGCCCCAGUGUGGCUUUGAAGGCCGUGUCAGCAGUCAGCCCUGCGGGCCGGGAGGCCGGGAGGUAGGUGGCCUGGCUGCGUUGUUCCACACGCCCACCCCAGUGGAUGCACACCUGGGGAGGGCUGUCUUCCAGCUCUGACCCCCACUGGCACCUCGCUCAGCCCGGGUCUCGGCCUCCUUCUGCAGUCUGGUAGGUCUUGAAGUGAGCUGUGAACAGGCAGGGCUGCCAGAGGGGAGGGGCCAGUACCCCCUCACCAGCCUGCUCCAGGAUGUCCAAGGGGCCAUCAAAUCAAGGUCCCUUGUUGACCAGCUAACAGUGGCUGCGACCAGGCUCUUAGAACUGGCACAGAGCCUCAUCACAGGCCUCUUGCUCCUCUUUGGCACCCAGGGCAAAGCAGUGCCAGCCCCCCGCCCCCCAGACAGCUCUGGGCGGGCACUGACCCCAGGGCUUGCCCAGCUUGUCCGUGAGCAGCUGCUGGGACCAGCCUGGGCAUAUCCUGGCCUUUCAAAGUCUAGUCUCCUGGGAGGAAAGCAGAUCUGGGGGCUCCAGUCCCAUUUGGUGUCCCUGCCAUGGACUCUGGGGCUUAUGGGGAUUCUCAACCACCUACCUACCCUCCCAGGGGGUAGGUCAGCCACGGGCAGACAGGCUGGCUGGGUUCGAGAGAGGAGUUUUUGUAUAGGGUCGCUGAAGGGGCCAGGCCUGCAUUCGGGGCUGGGCAGCAACAGCUCUUCACUCCAGUGCCUUUGUGGUGUUGCCUCAAAGGCAGCGAACCUUCCUGCCAGAGGUGCCCACCGCCGUGGGCUCAGCGUCCCUGAUGACUCCAAGCCUGCGCUGUGCAAGCCUGUGUGGCAACACGGCCAUGGGAGCAGCCUAAGCAGUGCCGCUGCACCCUUCCUGUCAGUCCCUACAGUGCCCACGGGCAGCCCGGGGUCCAAAGACCAGCACAUUCCAGCCCCAGCUGUGCCAUUAGCCUGCUGCGUGACCCCAGGCAUAGGACUGCCUUCUCUGGGCCUCACUUCCUCUUUACACCUGCAGCUACCGUCUGACUCCCUUUGGGUCCUGACACGUGGCCACUGUAGGUUGCUGGUGGGGGGAGGUUGGCCAUGGUCCGCCAUGCCCCUCCUCUCUGCCCGGCUUGCUCAGCACCCAGGAGGGGAGCCCCUGGUGGAUGAGGCCAGGCCAGCUGCUCACGUGCCAUUUCUUAGCUGAUUCUCAGAAAUUGUGUACCGGGGCCUGGGGCACAGAACCGAUAGGCUGGAGCCUCCUGGGAGGGUUCGAACUGCCUGGCUUUAUAAGAAACGCCUGGAAAGGGUUGGCUGGGCUCCAUCCAAUCAACCCUCUGCUGAGGCUGCUGUGGCUGUUAUCCCACACGGCCCGCCUUAGGGUAGGAUCAGGAUUUCUCCUCCUCUGUAGACCUUAGAGGCCUCCCUACGUGGCCCACGGACCCCACAAGGGGCAGACCAGGGCCCCACCCCCACCCCCCGCAGGGCUUGCAGGGGCCUCGCGUAGGUGUUUAUGUGUCUCUCAUCUCUGGGGCGUGUCUGCACGUGCAUGCAUGGGUGUGCCCUUGUGCGUGUGCUUUUGUCUGCAGGCACAUCAGGGUGUCCAUCCAGGAACAUGUCCCCACCUAGGUGUGAGCAUGUGACCUCUCUGAGUCCACAGGGUCCAUCUGCGUAUCCUCUACGUGCCUCCCCCUCUGCCUUCUCUUGCAGUGAGCUGGGCUCCAGAGCUCCGGGCCAGGGGUCCUCCUGAGGGCGUUGGGGGGGGGGGCUCUCCAGCUCCUGGGUGCUCCAGGACCCUCUGGUCCCCUUUUCCCCAGCAACCAGGCAGCUGAGUCAGGUCCCUUAGUAUGCCCCCUGAGGGAAGGUGACCAGGAGUUUGGGUGCAGGGAGCAGCUCUCCUGGGGGCAAAGGGCUGGACCCCCUGCCUGGGCCAUGGACAUGGUUACGUGUCCCGGGGAUGUAGGGCUGCAGGGAUGGCCCGAUCCCACCGCCGUUUGUUCUGUAAACUUCAACCUGUAAAUAAAGUUUAGCAUUCCUAUUGUAACAAAAUUAAUUUUUACAAAAUAAAUUAUAUUUCCUAGUCUAAUAAAAAAAUUGCAGUUGUA